ACCCAGCGGAGCUGCCUUGUUCCUGGGCGCAGUGUGUCCGGCCGUGCACCGGACCUGUCCCCCUCCGGGGCGGCCGAACCCCGCUGGUGCCGAGGGUCGCGUGUCCAUAGCGGGACUACAUUUCCUAGCGAGCCCCGCGCGGGCCGGUAGCUCUCGCGAGAGUUGGCGGAGCUCACGCCGGGGCUCCAUUUCCCUCAAGCCCUCAGUGCGAUAGAAGUGGGUCUGCGGCAUUCCCGCGGCGGUGGUUGGCGGGACGGCGGAGGGGAGCGCGGUGGCAGCGGCGGGCGAAGGAGGCAGCGGCAGGGAUGGACGUGACUGGGCCUGAGACCGACUGGCGCAGCACCACCUUCCGGCAGAAGCUCGUCAGCCAGAUUGAUGAUGCUAUGAGGAAAGCUGGUGUUGCCCAUAAUAAAUCCAGCAAAGACAUGGAGAGUCAUGUGUUUAUGAAGGCCAAAACAAGGGAGGAGUAUCUUUCUCUUGUGGCCAGACUUAUUAUCCAUUUUCGAGAUAUCCACAAUAAGAAAUCUCAAGCCUCGGUCAGUGAUCCAAUGAAUGCCCUGCAGAACCUAACUGGGGGUCCCCCAGCAGGGGCACCUGGAAUGGGCAUGGCUUCCCGAGCCCAAGGAGCACCGAUGAGUGGGAUGAGUGGCCUUGGUCCCAUGGGACAACAGAUGAGUCUCCCAGGGCAGCAGCAGCCUCCUGGUACUUCAGGAAUGCCCCCUCAUGGUAUGCCUGGCGUAUCUGCAGCUACUCAGCAGACCCAACUUCAGCUUCAGCAGAUAGCUCAGCAGCAGCAGCAGCAGCAGCAACAAUUCCAGCAGCAGCAGGUGGCUUUGCAGCAGCAGCAAUUCCAGGCCCAGCAGUCAGCCAUGCAACAACAGUUUCAGGUCCAGCAGCAGCAACAGCAGCAGUUGCAAGCUGUCCAGCAGCAGCAGCAGCAACAGCAGCAAUUGCAAGCCGUCCAGCAGCAGCAGCAGCACAUGCUAAAACUGCAGAUGCAGCAGCAGCAAAACCAACAGCAGCAGCAACAGCAGCAGCAGCAACUACAGCGAAUUGCCCAAAUGCAGCAGCUGCAGGCAGCACAGGCUAUGCAGGCACAACAGCAGCAGCAACAGCAGCAACAGCAGCAACAAAUACCACAACAGCAGAUACAGCAGCAGCCACCUCAACAAGUAAUGCAACAGCAGAUACAACAGAUGCAGCAACAACAGCAGCAACAACAGCAGCAGCAGCAACAACAGGUUGCUCAGGCACAACAGUCUCAGCUUCCACCACAGUCCCAACCUCAACCCCAGCCCAUGGUGUCUCAGCCACAGGCAAUCUCUGGACAGAUUCCUAGUCAGGUUAUGCCUGUUACUCUAACGCCACAGCAAUUAAAAGCAAUGCAGGUAAGAGCUCAGCUGGUCCAGCAGCAGCAGGCAGCAGCAGCAGUGCAAGCAGCUCAGGCCCAAGCUGCUCAGAUGGGAGCUUCAGGGCAGAUGAUCACCGCACCUAUGGCCCGAGGUGGGAUGCAAAUAAGACCACGGUUCCCGCCUACCACCGCUGUGUCUGCUACACCGCCAAGCUCCAUUCCUUUGGGCGGACAGCAAAUGCCACAGGUCAGCCAGAACAAUAUUACCAUGAUAUCAUCCCCAUCUCCUGUCCAGCAAGCUCAAACCCCCCAGUCAAUGCCUCCUCCACCACAGCCGCAGCCAUCUCCUCAGCCAGGCCAGCCAACUUCUCAGCCAAAUUCAAAUGUCAGCUCUGGCCCAGCUCCAUCACCCAGCAGUUUUCUCCCCAGCCCAUCUCCACAGCCAUCACAGAGCCCAGCAGCUGCACGAACGCCUCAGAACUUUAGUGUCCCAUCCCCAGGUCCUUUAAACACUCCAGGAAAUCCAAAUUCUGUCAUGAGUCCAGCCAGUUCUAGCCAGUCAGAGGAGCAACAGUAUUUGGAAAAACUCAAACAGCUAUCAAAAUACAUUGAGCCACUCCGGAGGAUGAUCAAUAAAAUAGAUAAAAAUGAAGAUAGGAAGAAGGACCUGAGUAAAAUGAAGAGUCUGCUGGAUAUCCUGACUGACCCUUCAAAACGGUGCCCUCUGAAGACGCUGCAGAAAUGUGAAAUUGCUCUGGAGAAGCUGAAAAAUGAUAUGGCUGUGCCUACUCCACCACCUCCUGCAGUGCCCCCCACCAAACAGCAGUACUUGUGUCAGCCACUUUUGGAUGCUGUUUUGGCCAACAUCCGUUCACCAGUCUUCAAUCAUUCUCUUUACCGUACAUUUAUGCCAGCUAUGACUGCAAUUCAUGGGCCACCCAUCACGGCUCCAGUUGCUUCCCCUCGAAAACGGAAAUAUGAAGAGGAUGAAAGACAAACCAUACCAAAUGUCUUACAAGGGGAAGUUGCAAGAUUAAAUCCUAAAUUCCUGGUGAACCUGGACCCUUCCCACUGCAGUAAUAAUGGCACAGUUCAUCUUAUAUGUAAGCUAGAUGACAAGAAUCUUCCAAAUGUACCACCACUACAGCUCAGUGUUCCAGCGGACUAUCCAGAUCAGAGCCCUUUGUGGAUAAAAAACCCCAGACAGUAUGCAGCCAAUCCCUUUUUGCAGUCUGUGUAUCGGUACAUGACUUCCAAACUAUUGCAACUUCCAGACAAGCAUUCGGUCACAGCACUCUUAAACACCUGGGCACAAAGUAUUCGUCAGGCCUGCCUCUCUGCUGCAUAACAUCUCACUUCCUAAACCAUGAAGCAACAAGGAAGGUCUCAACAGCUGGUCUCUUCCACAUGCAACUGGAAAAUCGCAUUUUGGUGAGGGUACUUCAGAAGAAAGAAGCCUUAUGUUGUUUUGUUUCUAGGUGUCAGGUUCAGUAGAGAACCUGAUGUUAGACUUGGUUUUCAUGCUUUUUAUCUUCUGCCUCUGUGGACCUUUGCCAGCAUUUUCAAAUAUACAAAAUGUGUAUAUAUGGUUCUUGAGACUGUAUUAGGAUGAGUUUUUAUUGUCUUCUUAGAGAAGAAAUUAUUUGUGGACUUCCAUCAGGGAGUCUGGUAUAAGAGGGAGCAGGGAGAAAAUGUCCUAAUUUGCUUCAAAGUAUGCUCAGUGCCAGUAUUUGUUUCACACUGUGUGUUUUGUGACCUGAUACUGCCCCAGAAAUAAAUUAGCUGCAACUAGAAUGCGGUUGCAAACUUG